AUGCCUGUACACAAGAUCGACCUGAUGUCCCGCAAGGACAAAAUCAUCGAAUGGCGGGAAGAGGGUGUGACUAGAGACGGGGUGCUUGAGCCUCUUAAAGCAGACGGUCUCAAGUGCAGCCACAGCACGCUGAACCAAUUCCUGCGUGACGUGGACUGUUACGUGCAGUACAGACUGACAGACCAACCUGGGGGCUAUGAAGCAUACCGCGACCGAUUAAUCCAUUACUUCCAGCACAACUUCACGGACGCCGGCAUCGUCGAGAUGCUGGAGAAGGAGGGCUUCAGCACGUCGGCCAGGACCGUGAGGCGGAUCCGCAUAUCGUUGGGCUUGAUGAAGCGAAGCGCCAACAGGAAACGACCGCCUCCGACUACUGAGCGCGCUGCUAUUUCCCAGCCCAUUUCUCUCGCUCAACCCACCGUUGCUCCACGAGAUGUCUACGAGACAAUUUUGUACGAAGGAGUAUCUGACGAAAUAAUCUACGAGGAUUCAUGA